GCUCGUCUCCUCGUUGUUUACCUGCAGAAGUCAGAACUCCUCCUCGGUGUUACCGGAUCAAACCUGCUGCUGAAGAUAAACCACCUCGCUGUUUCUUUAAGGCUCAGUUUGACCUCGUUGCUGUUCAACAUGUCGUCUGUUGAAGUUCGUGCUGUGCUGCCAGAGAACCAGGUGAAGAUGAAGAUGAAGAUGAGUAAAAGCUCAGCAGGUCAGAGGAGAGCUGCUCUCGGAGAGAUCACCAACUUUCCUGCAGCAGCAGUCAACUCAAAGAGGACGGGACCAACCAAAGCAUCAGCCAAACCAUCUGGUGCCCAGAAAGCUAAACCUGUCCUGAAAGUGCAGGAGGUGCAGCCGGUAGUCCAGGUCCCGGCUCCUGCAGAUCCCCUCCCUCCAGUUCCAGAGGAGUCUGCUGACGUGUCCAUGAAGGAGGAGAAGGAACUGUGCCAUGCUUUCUCUGAGGUGCUGCUCACCGUGCAGGACGUCGACGAGCAGGACUCUGACCUGCCGCAGCUCUGCUCCGACUACGUCAAAGAUAUCUAUAAUUAUCUCCACGACCUGGAGGUGCAGCAGGCCGUACGAGCCAACUACAUGCAGGGUUAUGAAAUCACUGAACGCAUGCGAGCUCUUCUGGUGGACUGGCUGGUCCAGGUCCACUCCAGGUUCCAGCUGCUGCAGGAGACUCUGUACCUCACGGUCGCCGUCCUGGAUCGUUUUCUCCAGGUCCAGCCGGUCUCUCGCAGGAAGCUGCAGCUGGUCGGUGUGACGGCCAUGCUGGUGGCCUGUAAAUACGAGGAGAUGUACGCUCCAGAGGUCGGAGACUUUGCCUACAUCACAGACGACGCCUUCACAAAGGCUCAGAUUCUGGAGAUGGAGCAGCUGGUUCUGAGGACCCUCAACUUCGAGCUCGGACGUCCUCUUCCGUUACACUUCCUCAGACGGGCCUCCAAGGUGGCCAGUUCUGAUGUAGAGCGACACACGCUGGCCAAGUACCUGAUGGAGUUGACCCUCCUGGACUACGACAUGGUGCACUACCGGCCCUCUGAGAUCGCUGCUGCGUCGCUGUGUCUCUCCCAGCUGCUGCUGGACGAGCUGCCGUGGUCUCCCACACAGCAGCACUACUCCACUUAUGACGCGGCCCACCUGAAGCCGAUCAUGCAGCACGUCGCCAAAAACGUUGUGAUGGUGAACGACGGGAAGACAAAGUUCCAGGCCGUCAGGAACAAGUACUCGAGCAGCAAGCUGAUGAAGAUCAGCCUCCUUCCUCAGCUGAAGUCGUCCACCAUCAAGACCAUGGCGGCUGCUCUGCUCAGCCAUCCUUGAGGAGAACUUUUACAUUUUAUCAGUGGACAUUUCACCUGCACUUUAUUUCAGAUUGAUCCCAAUCUGUGGAGAAACUUCACUAGUUUUUUAAUAAAAUGUUUUUAUAAUUUUACGUACAAGUUCA